AUACUGGAUCUGCAUCGGGGAUGUCAUCAAUUUGCGACGGAGAUGUUUUGUCAUAAGAUGCGACGACGCGUGUUUCCAGAGGAGGAGUGUGAGCACGUUUGUGGUGAUUUUCAUAGACUCUUUGUUUUGAUUUUUGAGGAAGUAUGACAGACCAAAGAGGAGAUAGAGACAUUCGACCCUCUCAACAGACAGACAUCACUGAGAGGACAGUGGUCUCGGAGGGCAAUUUAUUGUUGGAAAGCAAUGAUGAUUUGGCUGCCAAACAACAUGAGCAGCCAGCAGCAGAAUUAUGCAAUCAAGCAGCUUCUGAAGUUUGUGUGAUAAAGCAGAAAGAUUCUACAGUUCAGCAUGAGCUUGGUGUUCCAUCUCUACAGAGCACUGCAAGUGAAAUUAGUGGUAAUGUGCUGCCUUGUGUAAGUCCGGUAACACCUGUGUCUCAAGGAAAUUUGAAUGCUGUUAAAUCAAGUGAGGUCAGUACUUCUCAGAAGUGUGACAUUACAUCUGCUGCUCCUGCCUUGGUCACUGGUGAUCAGGAAAUGGAAGUUUCAGUGUCUGCUCAGCUGGAGAUGUUAUCAUUUAAAAGAUCACAGUUGAAAUACCAGGAAACAGAAUAUGCACAAGACCAACACUUCGGCCAGGAAAAUAACUUCCCACAGGUUGAUGUUACAUUCCAAGACAAUGCAGCUGACGUGGAAGAUAGUGAAGGUGAUGAAAGUUCUUCAUCUGAAAACUCUUCAUCGGACAGUGACUCGGAUUCCACGUCAUCAUCAUCUUCUGCACUCUCUGUGGUUGUAUUAUCAGAUGGUGAUGAUGAUGAUCAGGAACUAGCAGGAAAGAGAAAACCCCAACCAGUCAAAACAAAGGAUGAACUGCUGUUGGAGGAUUUGCCCAAAGUCGAAGAAGUAAAUAUUGUUCUUCCUGAAGAAGUGAAAAAGGAGCCCAUUGGGAUUGUCUCCAGUAUCAUUGACCAAUUGGUUAUUGUAAAAUCGCUGAAGGACAUGCCACCUGUGAAUGAGGAAACUAUCCUAUUCAGAAAGGACAACACUUCAGUUGGGAAGGUAUUUGAGGUAUUUGGUCCAGUUUCUCAGCCAUUUUACAUUCUUCGUUUCAAUUCUGCUGAAGACGUCACUGUGAAGGAAAUCAAGCUACAACAGAUGUUUUACUUUGCCCCAGCAGUAAAGGAUUUCACUCAGUACAUCUUUACAGAGCAACUCAAGCAAGAAAAAGGUUCUGAUGCAUCUUGGAGAAAUGACCAGGAGCCACCAGCUGAGGCUCUGGAUUUCAGUGAUGAUGAAAAAGAAAGGGAAGCAAAGCAAAAGAAGAAAAAGAAGCAACAAAAUCAUGGAGAUAAAAAUACUCGAUCUGGUGGAAAGGAAGAUGGACAAGCACAACAACAAAAACAAGUUCAUUCAGUUUGUGGGAGAGGAUUUAAGUGCAGUCCUGGUCAUGAAUUCCGUCAUCAAUCUUCAACCAGAUUUGAAAGUCCUCAGCCACCAGAAAACUUUGGAACAUCAUUUAACCAGAGGUCACCAUUUAGACCUCCAGGAUUUCAUCCAUCUAUCAAUAUGUUGCGUUCACAACCUGUGAUGUCCAAUCCAUUAAUGUCAUGGCCUUUUACUCCUCCAUUUUGGACUCCAAUGCCAAAUGAUAUGCAUCAUUUCUUAACUCCACCACCACCACCGCCGCCGCCGCCACCUCCUUCCUCCCUUCCACUUCAGCCAAUGAGCACAGGCUGGUCAGAAUCUAACAUGAGGCACACUACUUGCUUUCCAAAUGCUCCUCCCACUUGUUUUUCCAAUACUCCUCCCCCUCACACCUCAAAUUCACAACACCAUCCACAAGGUUCACGAGACUUUGUUUAUAGAUCUGGAUAUUAGGAAGGCUCAUAUGUUGCCAACUUUCUGAUGUACAUGAAUUUCAUGACAAGUAUCAAGUAUUAUUCUCAGUUCAGACUCAAAUAAAAUUGGAUGCAAAAUCUUCCAGAUGCUGAGCACUCAGGAGGAUAGAGCAGCUAAGAACAUGGUUUGCUCAUUGAAAUAGCAUCAGUCAAUGACAUUUUUGAUCUAAUAAGCAUUGUUGAUAUCAAGUCUCUGCUUCCAAUAACCAUUUGAAGCAAGCAAAAUCUUACCUGGAAGUUUAAAUUCAAGUAAAAGCAAAUACAGAGUUAUGUCCUCUUGUGUCUUCUUAAAGUUAAAUAACUAGUUCACACUUAAUAAUUAGGAAUGCUGUCUUAUUGUGAUGUCUGCUAUUGUUAAACUUCAGUGGAAAGAGAUACCAAUUUUGGUCAUGUUAUAGACAAAAUUUGACUUUUUCUCAUACUUCACCUAAUAGUACAAUCAUGUACAACAGUAGUUUGUACAUAUCAUUCUACUUGUUCAGAAAUGGCACUUUUUGGCCUGCCAAAGACACCUUUCAUACACAAUGGGUACUGAAGAAUCUGCGGCCACGUUUGUACCUCAAACAAUGCUUUUCUGCAUUUAGGAUUUUGAACAGGAUGCAAAAUGAUCUGCUAAUUGGUUAUUACUUAUUUUGUGUUGCUGCCAAAGACCGAUUUAAUCUUCUUACUUCCUGAACAUAAAUUGUAAUGCUGUAUUUUGUCAAUAGAGAAAUGUUGUGUCACUGGUGUUAAAUUAAUCAACAAAGACUUUUCAUACAUUUAGCGAACUUUACAUCUUUAGAAAAUCCUGAAUGUCACUUCUUUUACUCCUCAAGAUCAUUGAGUGUAAAAUCAGGUAAAUCAAUAUUUGUCUUUUAACAUUGAAUGUAAGUUUAAAGAGAAUGCAAUUGAACAUUAAAUUAGUUUACAACUUUCA